AUGAGGAGUGAUUCAACUACCAUUGAUGCCCCUGAAUCAAAUGCUGUUGCCAAAGGAAAAGCGCCUCUUAUGCCGGCUUCAAAGUGAAAAAGUUCAUAUCUGAAGGGCUUAGCAAUAUUUGACUUCCUUUAGAGGAUAGGUGCCAUUGUGACAACUCUAGCUGCAGCUGCCGCUAUGGGAACUAGUGAUGAAACUCUCCCUUUCUUCACUCAGUUCUUUCAGUUUCAAGCUAGUUAUGAUGAUCUUCCCACCUUUAUGUUUUUUGUGAUUACAAUGGCAAUAGUGGGUGGCUACCUAGGCCUUUCCCUUCCCUUCUCCGUUGUGACCAUUGUUCGCCCUAGCGCAACAGGACCAAGACUCCUCUUAAUCAUUCUGGAUACAGAAGAUUUUCAAUUUUAUUUGCUGAUGGCACUAACUCUAACUACAGCUGGGGGUUCAGCUGCUGCUGCCAUAGUUUACUUGGCACACAAUGGCAAUGCAAACACAAAUUGGCUAGCUAUUUGUCAGCAAUUUGGUGAUUUCUGCCAGAAAGUCAGUGGGGCUGUGGUAGCAUCUUUCAUUGCUGUUGUGCUCUUUGUGGUGAUGGUGGUGCUGUCAGCUUUGGCUCUCCGAGGGCAUUAA